AUGGCUGACCCGUUGUCCGUUCUAGGCACUGCCUUGAGCGUGAUUUCGUUGGGACUCCAAAUGCGUGAGGAGAUCGUAUCCUAUUGCCGGGCAUGGCGGGGCAUCCAUCAAGAGCUCCAAGACGUGGCAAACAAAGCGGACGGCCUAGAAGCACCACUCGAGGCGCUGCGGGAAAUAAUCCAGGAAACGCAACUCACCGAUCCAAAGAUCGCCGAGGACCUACAGACAAAACUCGGGGCACUUCGUGGUGGCAUUGAAAGAACCCGCGAUCUCCCCGAAAGCGUCCGCGACAAAAUCCGCGCCAAAGGAAAAAGGGCGGCGUAUCCUUUUCGUAAAGAUAUGUUGCGCGAGUUGGCCAAUGAAUUGGACAGCAUCCAAAUCAACCUGCACACUACUCUCCAUGUGCUUUUCAUGUUCUUGAUCAGUCAAGGCGUCUCCUUGGACUCGACUCGCACCCAAGGCACAUCAGGGCUAGAUUACUUCGUCGGGGCUGUGAAGCUCGGCGAUGAGGAAUACCGGUUACUUUCGCGGUUGAUCGAGUGCGGCGGGGUUAUGACUAUUGGUGCAGCCUCGCAAUCCCGGAUAAGCAAGGAAAAUAUGCGCCGUGUGCUUCGUGAGAACGAAGAGGGUACGUAA